AUAACAAAAAGUUGUUAUUACUUGCACAUUACUAUAAUUAUAUACUUUUUAUUAUCAUAUCUUCAUAUUUUAUUAUUUAGGUAUAAUGGGAGACCCGGAACCUAAAAAAAGUAAAGUUUCAAUGAUGCUACUGAGUCGGUCGCAAACCCGUUCCGUUGCGGGUAUUAAGUCAAUGAGUAGGAUGAAAGUAAGACGAACGUCCUUUGGAUUUGCCGGAGUGCCUGGUAUAAGACCUAUGGAAAGAACAUCUCAGCUUGGUAUAGAGUUUAAACGUCCGCCGCUGUUAUAUUUAAACACGUAUCAACUGGAUCCUUUUGUGAAGUUUCACAUUCCAACAGUAAAGCGUGCUACUGAAGAGCUAUUGGAUGAAUAUUUCACUGGACAUAAGUACAACGUUCAGGAAUCUCCUGCUACAGCUCUUCGCAUCGCUGGUGAAUUGAUGCGUAGAAUUAAAGCUAUGCCCUUCAACCGUUACCGAAUAAUAACUGUGGUCACCAUCGGCCAGAAGAGAUCUCAAAGUUACAACAAUGCCGUUACUUUUUUAUGGGAUUACGAGAGAGAUAAUUACGUUGAUGUCCAGAGAGAAGUUACCACAGCCUUCGUCCAAGUUACUACGUUUGGAAUAUACCUUGAUUAAUAAUAUCGUAUCACAGAUUAUAUAGUUUUAUAUAAAAAUAAGUAGCUAUAACUGAAAUUAUAAUUAGCUCUUUAUCAGCCUACGAUGUAUAUGUUUAUACACCUAUUUUUAUUUAGAGUAAUUAUAUAUUUA